AUGCCCCCCACUGUUGUCUAUGGAGCUGUGCCCUAUUUGGCUUAUUUGAUAAAAGACGUUGGGGCCCGUCUUGCCAUUAUGGGCCAUUAUUUACAAACCAGCCGCCAUAUGUAUCCCGUUACGCGACAUCAAAACAUCCGUGCCUAUCGUGGAUUACUGCCGUGGACACAAGACUGCGGGUUUAUCGCCCCGAGUGCAUUUGUCUGCGGAAAUGUGGAACUCGGCCACGAUGUGUGUAUUUUCUACCACACUGUAUUGCGCCAAUAUCACACCGCCGCCGAUGCGGUGCUUGUCAUUAUGGAUGGAUCUGUCGUGAUGGACCGCGCCACUUUAAUUGGAACUGUGCGUGUGGGUGCGGGUUCAUUUAUUGGCAUUGGCGCCAGUUUGGAUUGCUGCACGGUGGGCGAUCACACUUUUAUUGGCCACGGGGCGACGAUUGCAUUAGGCGCGAAUAUAGAAAAUAAUGCGAUUGUUGCCCCAGGGGCUUGUGUGCCGAAAGAUACCAUCAUUCACACGGGAGAAGUGUGGGCCGGCAAUCCAGCAAGAAAAGUGGCGGAUGUGGAUAGUGAUUACGGGAUUCAUCUCCAACACAUGCUGCAGAGGUGUAGAGAGAAUGGAAGAGCACAUGUAGAGGCUCUGCACACACACAUGCAUCGUACAGAGGAAUUAGACGCGGAGUGGCUACACCAUGCCCUUGCAGAGAUGGAGAAACAACAACAACAAAUGAUAUUAAAGACACCAGUGGAUAUUCCAUUGGAGGCAAAACGGUUUCUUGAACCACGUGUACACAUGCGAAGACCAGAGAUGCAUAUGCGGAUGUCUUAUCCAGUUAAUCGUGUGGCUCCAUGGAUGCCAAAGGUUGCAGACCAAACAGCCAACGCGUAG